UGGACACAUCAAAAGCUAGAGAGAGAAAGAAGAGAGAGAGGGAGACGGAGCCAAUAGUAAAAAAGCAACAGUAUAUAGAAUAGUCGCUGUGCAGAGAUGUAGGGUUUUUUCCCAUUUGUUUUCAAAUAACAUCAGCGCACCCAAGCGGUGGAUUUGUAGAGAGAGAAAGGGGGAGAAAAGCAAGGGAAAGCUACCAAAACCACCAUCACAAAAACCUAGUCCUAGGGUGUCCUAUAAAGAGAGAAAAAGCGAGAAUUCAUUUAUAUAUAUAUGCGUAAGAUACAGUGAGAGAAGGAUUGGGUGCAGAGGUGAAAGAGAGAGAAAGAGAGAGGGGCAAAGGAAAGCGGUGGAGAGAGCAAAAACCCGGUUGGGAAAAAGGGUUUUUAGAGAGAGGGAACCAGGCAGGAAAAGGGAUUUUAGGAAGAGGAGGGAGCCCGGGUUGAGAAGAGGGAUUUUAGUGAGCGACGAGGAGGGGGCCCAGAUAGAAAAAAAGGGUUUUUGGAGAGAGAAGGAGGCGACCCAGAUUGAAAUUCAGGGGCUUUGGAGAGAAAAAGAGGGUUGCUGAGGUGAAAGGGAAAGAGGGGCUGCUGAAAAACCCUAACCCUAGAAAUGGAGUUUCGUCAGUAAGGUUUUGUGUUUCUGCUUUUGUUCUCUCAACGUUAUAAUCUAGUUUGGCUCAAGAGGAAGAACAUGAAACCUACAUUUAUAUGGUAAAAUUUUAUGUUGUGAAAUGAAGCCUGGAACUUGCUAUAUGGUUGUACUCCAGGCUGAAAAUUUUUAGGGUUUUAGUUAGGGUUUUCUGUUAUCCUGAUUUUGGCAAAUUAGGGUUUUGCAUGAUUUCGGUGAAGUGAAGACCUUUCCUUGUAUUGAUUUGAAAUUUGAACGAGUUAUUGAGGGCCAUUCGUAUUUAUGUGUAAGUUGGUUUAUUGAAUGCGGUGUUUGACGAAUGAUUUGAGCAUACACCUGAGAAUUUCACUGUAUUAAUGCCUCCGAUAUAGAACUGAAGAACUAGGUUUUGGGUGUUUUACAUUUCAUCACAUUCGUGAAGUAGUUCCACCCGAAAAGGUUUUUCGGGCCAAAUCCAGAUUGCUGUGGGUUUAAUAUCAGAUCUUUGAGCUGGAGCGAUUAGGGGUACCGGGGACGAUGUCGUCGCUGAGUAGGGAACUGGUAUUUUUAAUAUUACAGUUCUUGGACGAGGAGAAGUUCAAGGAAACUGUUCAUAAGUUAGAGCAGGAGUCUGGGUUUUUCUUCAAUAUGAAACAUUUUGAAGAUCAAGUUCAGGCAGGUGAAUGGGAUGAAGUAGAGCGGUAUUUAUGUGGAUUCACAAAGGUCGAAGACAAUCGGUAUUCAAUGAAGAUUUUCUUUGAGAUUAGAAAGCAGAAGUAUUUGGAAGCUCUUGAUAGGCAGGACCGAGCAAAGGCUGUUGAGAUUCUUGUCAAAGACCUUAAGGUUUUUGCAUCUUUCAAUGAAGAGCUAUUUAAGGAAAUUACCCAAUUGCUUACUCUUGAGAACUUUAGGCAAAACGAGCAGCUCUCAAAGUAUGGGGACACAAAAUCAGCUCGUGGUAUUAUGCUUAUAGAACUUAAAAAGCUUAUUGAGGCAAAUCCACUGUUCCGUGACAAGCUUACUUUUCCAGCUUUCAAAGCUUCACGACUUAGGACCUUGAUAAACCAGAGUCUGAAUUGGCAACAUCAGCUUUGCAAGAAUCCUCGUUCUAACCCUGAUAUCAAAACACUCUUCACUGAUCAUGCAUGCACUCCUACUAAUGGAGCUCGUCCUCCUCCUCCCACAAAUAAUCCCCUUGUGGGACCCAUUCCCAAAGCUGGGGCAUUUCCUCCUAUUGGUGCCCAUAAUCCCUUUCAGCCUGUUGUUUCCCCAUCUCCUGGUGCUAUUGCUGGUUGGAUGUCAAGCACCAAUCCGUCCUUGCCUCAUGCUGCAGUGGCAGCAGGUCCCCCAAGCCUUGUGCAGCCUUCUACUGCAGGUGGGAAUGUUGCUGCAUUCUUAAAACACCAAAGGACCCCUACAGGUGUUACAGGGAUGGAUUAUCAAUCUGGUGAUUCUGAGCACUUGAUGAAGCGAAUUCGCACUGGUCAAUCUGAUGAGGUGUCAUUUUCUGGUGUGGCUCAUGCACCCAAUGUCUAUUCGCAAGAUGAUCUUCCAAAAUCUGUUGUGCGAACCAUUACUCAGGGAUCCAAUGUCAUGAGCAUGGACUUUCAUCCACAACAACAAACUGUCCUUCUAGUUGGGACAAAUGUUGGUGACAUUAGCCUUUGGGAAGUCGGAUCCCGGGAAAGGUUGGCACAUAAACCUUUCAAGGUCUGGGAUAUCUCAGCCUGUUCGAUGCCAUUGCAGACAGCAUUGUUGAAAGAUGCCACAAUCUCUGUCAAUCGAUGUGUAUGGGGGCCUGAUGGACUUAUACUUGGUGUUGCAUUUUCCAAACAUAUUGUUCAGAUAUACACUUACAAUCCAACUGGAGAACUAAGACAGCAUCUAGAAAUUGAUGCUCAUAUUGGUGGUGUUAAUGAUGUUGCUUUUGCUCAUCCCAACAAGCAAUUGUGCAUUGUCACAUGUGGUGAUGACAAGACAAUAAAGGUAUGGGAUGCUCAAACUGGACGCAGGCUGUAUACAUUUGAAGGCCAUGAAGCUCCUGUAUAUUCAGUCUGCCCUCAUUAUAAAGAAAAUAUUCAGUUUAUUUUUUCUACUGCCAUAGAUGGGAAGAUUAAAGCUUGGCUAUAUGAUUGCUUGGGAUCUAGAGUAGACUAUGAUGCUCCUGGACAUUGGUGUACCAUGAUGGCCUAUAGUGCGGAUGGAACAAGGCUUUUCUCUUGUGGAACAAGUAAAGAUGGUGAAUCUCACCUAGUUGAAUGGAAUGAGAGCGAAGGAGCUAUUAAACGGACAUAUUUAGGUUUUAGGAAACGAUCUUUAGGUGUGGUCCAGUUUGACACAACUAGGAACCGGUUCUUAGCUGCUGGUGAUGAAUUUCAGAUUAAGUUCUGGGAUAUGGAUAAUACCAACAUAUUGACAGCUGUGGAGGCAGAAGGCGGGUUGCCUGCAAGCCCUAGACUGCGAUUCAAUAAGGAAGGGUCAUUGUUGGCAGUCACAACAAAUGACAAUGGAAUUAAAAUUUUGGCCAACAAUGAUGGCCUGCGCUUGACAAGGAUGUUAGAGAGUAGGCCUAUGGAGGGACAUCGGGGUCCUUCUGAACCCAUCAAUUCUAAGCCUCUGAUUGUUAAUGCACUGGGACCAGCAGCCAAUGUUUCUGCUGCAAUGUCUCCUAGUCUGGAACGCUCUGAUAGGAUCCAACCUGCCGUGUCAAUUAACAAUCUUGCUACCAUGGAUAGCAGUCGGCUUGUUGAUGUUAAACCGAAGAUUUCAGAUGAUCUAGAAAAGAUUAAGAGCUGGAAGAUUCCUGAUAUUGUGGAUCAAUCUCAAUUGAAAGCUCUACGGUUACCAGAUCCAGUGACAACAGGCAAGGUUGUGAGGCUGAUCUACACUAACUCAGGACUAGCUCUAUUAGCCCUUAUCUCCAAUGCUGUUCACAAACUUUGGAAAUGGCAGCGUUCCGAAAGGAAUCCGCUGGGAAAGUCUACUGCAUAUGUUGUGCCACAAUUGUGGCAACCUGCCAAUGGAACUCUCAUGACCAAUGACACAGGCGACAAUAACCCACCUGAAGAGUCAGCUGCAUGCAUUGCUUUAUCAAAAAAUGAUUCCUAUGUCAUGUCUGCAUCUGGUGGGAAGGUGUCUUUGUUCAACAUGAUGACAUUUAAGGUCAUGACGACAUUCAUGUCACCACCUCCUGCAGCCACUUUUUUGGCUUUCCAUCCUCAAGAUAAUAAUAUCAUUGCCAUAGGAAUGGAGGAUUCUACAAUUCAAAUAUAUAAUGUUAGAGUUGAUGAGGUCAAAACAAAACUCAAGGGUCACCAGAAACGAGUAACCGGACUUGCGUUUUCCCAAAUUCUUAAUUGCCUGGUAUCUUCUGGGGCUGAUGCCCAGUUGUGUGUGUGGAGCAUUGAUGGAUGGGAAAAAAGGAAAUCGAGGUUUAUACAAGCUCCAGCAGGUCGCUCGUCCCCGUUGGUUGGAGACACUAAAGUCCAGUUUCAUAAUGAUCAAGCUCAUCUGUUGGUUGUUCAUGAAAGCCAGAUUGCUGUGUAUGAUAGCAAGCUUGAAUGCGUGCGAUCGUGGUCUCCGAAAGACUCACUUCCAGCUCCCAUUUCAAGUGCAAUAUACUCCUGUGACAGUAUGCUGGUUUAUGCUGGUUUUGGUGAUGGUGCUGUUGGAGUUUUUGAUGCAGACAGCUUAAGGCUUCGCUGCAGAAUAGCACCUUCUGCUUACAUACCUUCUCCUGCACUCAGCAGUGGGGUCUAUCCUCUAGUUAUAGCGGCUCAUCCAUCAGAGCCCAACCAAAUUGCCCUGGGCAUGAGCGAUGGAGCUGUGCAUGUGGUUGAGCCAACUGAUACAGAACCAAAAUGGGGUGGCCAACCCCCUCAAGAUAAUGGGUCCAUCCCCUCUAACUCAUCAAACCCAGCUCUCAGUGGUCAACCAACCGAACUCCCACCUAGGUGAUGGUGGCACUAGAUGCGAGGUACAGGGCGCUGCACUAAGGCAUAUAUAGAGAGAAACCGUGGCACCCUCCUUCUAUGAGUUUUAGCGAUUACCCUUAAUUCGUUUUUUGCACUAAUCCAUUGCUUCAAAGCUCAGCCCCUUACCUUUACCGUUAUUUAUAUUCAUUGUACAUCGUUUUUUUUUUCCUUUUACCAUCCUUUUCUUCAAUCAUUUUGCUAUAUAAGUAUAAAGUUUUUAAGGAAGAAAAAUUGUAUAUUGCUGCAGUUUCGGCAAAUGUUUAAAGACAUAUGAAAGUACUCUUUUCUAUGAGGGUA